AUGUAUAACCGGUCUCAAAGCGGAUGUUGUGUGGUAGUGAGGGAGGAAGCGUAAUCUUUGAAAUGGAUGUUAGUGCUGUGAACGUGUUACUCGAUUUUACGAAUGUUAUGCCGACGAACUAUUAGUUAAUAAAUAAUUGUAUGUUUAACAACAAGAACGUCUCUACUUAGCAGAAUCUAGAGCAGCUGUUAUUGUUUUUAUGAACGAUGGAAAUUAUCUUCUACUGUGCUGUGCUUUUCCCCAACCAUCGUGAGCUUGUGUUUACAUUUUCAUCCGCAGUUCCGCCAUCUUUUACCACUCCGAAUAUUUAUAGUUGGCUUAAAUUUGCAAAAAAAAAAAAAAAAAAAAAAAAAAAAAAAAAAAAAGUGACCGAGUUGCAAUCUAUUGAUUUCAUGUGCACAUCGAAAUAACUUUACUGCUACUGUGUUUUGGAUAUAACAUCAUCUGCUCGUGAGAAUACAUGCUGCAAAACAUAGUAGUAAUGGAUAUUUUCUACUUGCCUUGUGACCUUUUUGUAAUUUGAGAUGCUAACUAUGCAUUGGAUUUUUUAUUGCAGCCUCAGUGUAAUGACGAAGAAAAUAUCAGCUUAUAUGCAUUAUCAGGCUUCGUACUCACCUGACUUGGCUCCGUGUGAUUUUUGGCUGAAAAUGCUGAUAAAGGGACCCGAUUUGAGUUAGCAGAAGAUAUGCGGAAUGUGAUGGAACAAUUGCUCACCAUUUCAAAAACUGCAUUCCAGAGGUGUUUCCAACAAUAGCAGGAGCACUGGGAGAAGUGUAUCCAUUACUAGGGAGACUACUUUGAAGAGACUACAUCAUAUGCUGGUCUCAUAGCAUCGUUCAGAAACAGAACGCUCUCUAAAUCCCAGAAUGUUCUUUGUGAUGGCAAAAGAAAUGACGUUCUGGAUAGUGCUGCCAUCUGUUGGAGAAAGGGGAACAAUUCCCCACAUAUUUGAACCAGGUGACUUUCAUUAUAAAGGAAAAACGAAAAUGCAAGCACAGGGCUGGCAAGGAAGGCAUCGAAGGCGAGUAAUUCUAAAUACUAGUGAAGAUUCAAGUAAAAGUCCACAAGGAAAAACGAAAAUGCGAGCACAGGGCUGGCAAGGAAGGCAUCGAAGGCGAGUAAUUCUAAAUACUAGUGAAGAUUCAAGUAAAAGUCCACAAGGAAAAACGAAAAUGCGAGCACAGGGCUGGCAAGGAAGGCAUCGAAGGCGAGUAAUUCUAAAUACUAGUGAAGAUUCAAGUAAAAGUCCACAAGUAGAAGAUGCAGUGAAUCCUGUGAAAACAGUUCGUUGUAAACCAGCAAAGAUGCGGCCAUAUUCAGAAGAAAGAGAGUCAAGAUUUAGAGAUCAGCGUUCACGUGCACGUACAUCAUCUUAUCCCAGUGUAUUCAGUUGUUCGGCUACUAAAUCAGUAGAGUACCAAACUGAUAAUAGCGAUGAAGAGAGUACUAAAGAAUUCGCGCUGAAUCGAAAAUCUCGCUAUGAUAUGUGGAUGGAUGGUCAGAAUUUAAUGCCUGAUGUAGAAAACAAGGAUUUUGGAGAAGUAGAAAAUUCAAUGAACCCUGUGAAAACAGUUCACUGUAAACCAGCAAACAGGCGGCUGUAUGCAGAUGAAGAGGACGCAAGAUUAAGAGAUCAGCGUUUACAUGGACAUAAAUUAUCUUAUCCCAGUGUAUUCAGUCGUUUGGGUACUAAAUUCACCGAAGAUGAAGAGUGCCAAAUUGAUAUUAGUGAUGAAGAGAGUGCUGAUGAAUUCACGCUGAAUCAAAGGUUUCUCUGCGAAAGGUGGAUCAGUGCUCAGAAUUUUAUGCCUGAUGUAAAAAAGAGAUCUGGAGAAGUAGAAGAUUCAGUGAUUCCUGUGAAAAGAGUUCCCUGCAAACAAAGCGAAGAUGCAGCUGUAUGCAGAUGAAGAAGAGUUGAAAGUAAAACAUCAGCGUUUACAUGGACAUAAUCAUCUUAUCCCAGUGUAUUCAGUCGUUUGGGGACUAAACGUACUGAAGUAGUAAAGUGCCGAACUGAUAAUACUAAUGAAGAGAGUACUGAAGAAUUCACGCUGAAUCGAAGGUCUCGCUACGGCAUGGUGGAUGGGUACUCAGAAUUUAAUGCCUGAUGAAGAAAACAAGGCUUCUGAAGAAGUAGAAGAUUCUAUGAAUCGUAUGAAAACAGUUCGCCGUAAACUAGCAAUGAUGCAGAUAAAUACAGAUGAAGAGAAAUCACAGAAAAGGUAUCAGCGUUCAGAUGCCAUUAGAUCAACAAGUCCUAGUGUCCACAGACGUACGGAAGUAAUGGAGUGCCAGAAUAGUAGCAGUGAUGCAGAUGUUAACAAAUGUGGCUUUAAUUAGAAAAGUAUCAUCAAAUUUUGAUACCUGUAUUGAUAAUGUCGAAUCAACGGCUGCUCCUGAAGAUCUGCAUUCAAGAAUCAAAUGAAUGCAAAGGAAUUCUGAAUCACCAGUUCAUGAAGAUGAUUUUUAAAGCAUUUCAGCAUUCUGUGAUUCUUGAUAAUGUGGUAUUAGAAACUACUCAUCUGAAUUUUAUUUUGUUAACAAAAUAAUUUUAAGUGCCACUUUAUGGAAAUACUUGAAUGUAAUAAAACUUUUCCUAAUCUGUA